CCUGAGCAAGCGCUUGAAGCGCACGAAGAGUCACAGCAAGUUGGAGCGAAGCAGCCUGGGUUUACGCGGGCUGCUGACGGGAGGUGGUGGCGGUGGUGGUGGUGGUGGCGGUGGUGGUGGUGGAGGUAGUGGCGGUGGUGGUGCCUUCGACAGUGAAAGGCCGCUGGCGAUGUCGCGACUCACCGAGUCUCACUCGCACGAGUCUCUGCUGAGUCCCAGCCGCGUGGAGACCCUCAGCCUGACGGCUGCACCAGCAGCAGCAGCAGGUGAUGGUGGUGAUGGUGGUGGUGGUGGUGAUGGGGGCGGUGGGGAGCCAGCGCUCAUCAAGCCACUCCACAGCAGCAUCCUGGGGCAGGAUCACUGCUUUGAGGUGAUCACGGCUGGCACCAGCAGCAAGGUGUUCUGCUGCCGCUCUGCGACUGAACGAGACCGCUGGAUGGAGAACUUGCGACGAGCCGUCCAGCCAAACAAGGACAACUGCCGCCGCGUGGAGACCUCCCUGCGCCUCUGGCUGCUGGAGGCGAGGGACUUGGCCCCUGCUGCUGCUGCUGCUGGUGGUGGUGGCGGUGGCCGUGGGCCCCGUCGCUACUUCUGCGAGGUCUGCGUGGACGACCGUCUGUGCGCCCGCACCGCCAGCCGCCCCGCCGGUGCCGCCGGUGCCGCCGAGGGUCCCCGCUGGGGGGAGCACUUCCUGCUGCCGGCGCUGGCGGCGGCGCCGCGCGACCUCACGGUGCACGUUUACCGUGACGCCGUCCCCGGCCCCGGCGCCGCCAAGAAGAAGAAGAAAAAGAAGGACAAGUUUGGGGUGGGGGGGGGCGGCGGUGACGCCGCCGGUGCCGGUGACGCCGCCGCCCCCGCCGACUACGUGGGGCUGGUGAACAUCGCGGUGAACGCCGGCGGCGUCGCUAGGCAACUGGUGGAGAAGUGGUACCCCGUGAGCGCCCCGACGCCCGGACGGGGCCGGGCGGCGGUGCCGGCGCUGCGUCUGCGCUGGCGCGUGGAGAGCGCCGUCCUGCUGCCGCUGGAGCGCUACAAGCCCUUCGCCGAGUUCCUGACGGGCGGUGGCGGCGGCGGCGGCACCGGUGGGGGGGGGGCCGGGGGGGGGGCGGCGGCGCUCUGCCGGGCCCUGGAGCCGCGUCUCGGGGCGCGAGCGCGAGGAGAGGUGGCCAGGGCGCUGGUGCACGUGCUGCACAGCACGGGGAAGGCCAGGGACUUCCUCACCGAGCUGGUGAUGAGUGAGGUGGAUCGCCGCGGCUGCCGCGCCGGCGAGUCUCCGGUGGCGGCGGCGGUGUCGGUGACCCCGGCGGUGACCCCGGCGGCGUCGGUGUCGGUGUCGGUGGACGAGGAGUUUGAGCCGCCGCCGCUGCGCGAGAACUCGCUGGCGGCGAGAGCCACGGAGGAGUUCCUGAAGCUGGUGGGGCAGAACUUCCUGCAGCACGCACUCGGCGAAUUUGUGCGAGCGCUCUACGAGUCGGAGGAGGCCUGUGAGGUGGACCCGGCCCGCUGCUCCGGCUCCGAGCUCCGUGACAAUCGCAGCAACCUCACCAUGUGCUGCGAGCUGGCCUUCUGCAAGAUCGUCAACUCGUGUUGCGAGUUCCCGCGCGAGCUCAAGGAACUCUUCUCCGCCUGGCGCCUGCGUUGCGACGCCCACCGCCCCUCCGAGGGGUCCAGCGUGCCGCUGGCCGAGCGGCUCGUGGCGGCGGCGCUCUUCCGCCACUUCCUGUGCCCGGCCGUCGCCUCGCCGGCACUCUCGGGGCUGGCGCUGGAGCCGCCCGGGGAGCGGACGGAGCGGACGCUGGCGCUCAUCGCCACCGUGCUGCAGAAGGUGGCCGCCUUCGGCAGGUUUGGCAGCCACGAUUCGGGCCUGGCCUUCAUGAACGACUUCCUGGCGGCCUCCGGCCCCGCCGCUCGCCGGCUCCUCUCCGACGUCUCGGCGGGAGACGGAGCCGGCGCCGUGGCCGGCUUCGACGGUUACAUCGACCUGGGCCACGAGCUGGCCACCCUCCACAUCCUCCUGCUGGAGGUCACCCAGCACCUGGACCAGGCGACGUUGUCCCUGCUGGGCCCGCUGCCCCACAUCCUGGCCGAGCUGAGCGCCGCCCUGGACAGCCCCACGCCACCACCACCACCACCACAGCAGCAGCAGCAGCAGCUGCGGCGUCUGUCCGGACGCUACAGCUCCACGCCAAACAUCAACGGAGGUGGUGACGGUGGUGGCGGUGGUGGUGGUGGUGGUGGUGGUGGCGGUGGUGGUGAGAGCGGAGUCAGCAGUGUUCCCUCCGGCCUGCAGCGCAUCUUCGAAGAGGAGGGGGGUGCAGGGAAUGAUGAGUGGAGAGGGGGCGACUUCCCCAGGAAAUCCUCCACCACCAUCACCACUCAGGAAAAUGACGGUGGUGGUGGCGGCGGUGGCGGCGGUGGUGGCGGUGCUGGUGGUGGUGGUGGCGGCGGCGGUGCUGGUGGUGGUGGUGGCGGUGGUGGCGGUGGCGGUGGUGGUGCUGGUGGCGGUGGUGGUGGAUCGUUCUACCGAGCGUCGUCAUCCCAGUCCCACCUGGCUCCCACCGCCGCCGCCGCCGCCGCAAAGAGCGACGGGAUGUCCCGCUCACUCCACCACGCCUCCACCUCCUCCUCGUCCUCUUCCUCCACUCAUCAUCAUCAGCAGCAGCAGCAUCAGCAGCAGCAGCAUCAUCAGCACCACGCGCCGCGCUGGAACGGCAGCAAAAGCCUCUCGCUGCUUGACCUGCAACAGCCCGAGAGGCACACGGCCGAGAGAGCCGCGGACGAACGCUCCUGGACCACCACCUCUGACCACCACCACCACUACAACAACCACCAGCACAACCAACAACAACAACAGCAGCAGCAGCAGCUGCUGCUUCAACAACAACAGCAGCAGCAGCAGCAGCUCCAACCGCUGUCCUUUCAGAACCCGCUCUUCAACUUCUCGGCAAUAGCUGCACAGCAGAGGGGUCGUGACGGUGGUGGUGGUGGUGGUGGUGGCGGCGGUCGUGGUGGUGGCGGCGGUGGUGGUGGUGGUGGUAGGAGAAGAGGAGACUCGGAGGAGGUGACCAAGCACCACACGUACAGCGGCACCGAGGACUUGGUGAGACGGGGAGGUGCGGUGAUGCAGCAGCAGCAGCAGCAGCUGCAGCUGCAGCAGGGAAAGAUCAACAGCCUGGGGCCGCAGUGGCGAGCGGAGGACGCCGGUCCUCCCCCGGGAGGCAAGGGGGCCCGCCGGGGUCCGCCGGGACCCCCAGCGGGACCCCCCGAGGGGCCCCCCGGCUCGCAGGGCCCCCCAUUUGGGGGGGCGGCGGCGGCGGCGUUGGUGCCGUUGGCCCGGCCACGGCAACAUUCUGGGUCAUCCAAGGGCGAGAGCCCCACCCCGGCAUCACGCCCAUCGGCUCACCGGGUCCCGCCCGACUCCCCCGUGAGUGCCGCUGACCUGUCUCCGGUGGAGCGCACUGCCGCCUGGCUCCUGCACCUGCAGUGCAGCGACCACGACCCUGACGACCUCCACCACCACCAGCACCACCACACUGAAGACCUCCAGCACCACCACCACCAUCAGCACCACACUGAAGACCUCCACCACCAGCAGCAGCAGCAGCAGCACACUGAUGAGCAGCAGCAGCGCAUCCUCAGGAAGUACGAGUGUGAGCUGAGCGCGCUGCGCGAGCUGCUGGCGGCGUCGACGCGCCGCCAGCAAGAGAGCGCCCAGCGGCUGCGCCUGCAGGAGGAGCAGCGCGAGGCGGUGCAGCAGGAGUACCGCGCUCGCCUCGAGGAGAGCGGCGAGCGGCUGCGGCGGCAGCAGGAGGACAAGGAGGCGCAGAUGAAGGGCAUCAUCAGCAGGCUGAUCGCCGUGGAGGAGGAGCUCACGAGGGACCACGCCGAGAUGCAGGCGGUGAUUGACGCCAAGCAGCAGAUCAUCCACGCACAGGAGAAGCGGAUCGCGUCCCUGGACGAGGCCAACUCGCGCCUCAUGAGCGCGCUGGCCCAGCUCAAGGAGCGCUACAGGCGGCAGGCUCGCAACGGACUGCCGCACAACAACCCACACGGCGGUGGUGGCGGUGGUGGUGGUGCCGGUGGUGGUGGUGGUGGUGCCGGCAACAACACAACAACCGCCACCACCACCACCAAGCUGUCCAUCACGGAGAACGGGGAGUUCAAGCAUAGCUCCUGCUAGCAGAUAGCACCACCACCACUAUCGCUACUACCACCGCUACGACUAACGCCGCUGCCGCUGCUACCACUGUCAACAUCACCAUCGUCACCGCCACCACUGCCAUCACCACCACCACCGUCACCACCACCGUCACCACCACCAUCACCACCGCCGCCACCACCAGCACCAUCACCACCAUCACCAUCGCUACCACCGUGACCACCACCGUCACGACCGCCGCCACCAUCGCCACCACCAGCACCAUCGCUACCACCGUGACCACCACCACCAACAUCACCACCAUCACUGCCACCACCACCGUCACCACCACCACCACCAACGUCACCAUCACCACCAUCACCACCACCGUCACCACCACCAUCACCACCAUCACCACCAUCACCACCACCACCAUCACCACCAUCACCACCACCGUCACCACCACCAUCACCACCACCGUCACCACCACCACCACCAACGUCACCAUCACCACCAUCACCACCACCGUCACCACCACCAUCACCACCAUCACCACCACCACCAUCACCACCAUCACCACCAUCACCACCACCGUCACCACCACCAUCACCACCACCACCAUCACCACCAUCACCACCAUCGCCCACGUGUUUGUUUGUCCGUGUGCUGUUUUCGUGUUAAAGACUGACGAUGUUUAACUUUCGUGUAGAUUCUUUUCUAAAACCGGUUAAAGAUAUUUAUAUAUAGAUAAUAAAAAAAAUAUACGCAUAUACACACACACACAUUAAACGAGACCUCGGCCAAUCGUACGCACGCACGGAAGUACGGUACAACCCCCAGUCCGUCACGUGACCUCCUCGUGCACCUAGCCUGGCACGUGCUCGAUCCACUGCUGGAUGAUGACCGCCCGUGCCUCUGUUGACGCCUUUGUAAUUUCUUGCUGGAAUCGUUAACGAUGAUCGUUAUUGACAAUCGAUCAUCGUUAUUGAUGAUCGAUAAUCUUUAACAACGAUCCAUCAUCGUUAUUGACGAUCAAUCAUCGUUCUCAUCGCCAUCGUCGUCGUCAUCGAUAGGUGUCAUUGCAGGGAGACAAACACUUUGAUUUGAAAUCGACCCACGGGACGUGUUUAUUAUUUAUCGAUCUGUAGGUGGCGUUGUGUACAUACGGGGGUGGGGCGCUUCUAUUUUCGAUAUCGAUGAAACGGGAAUGUGGAAAUUUUGUACGAACUUCAGGGGAGUUUGGUGGACGGAGUUGGUGGUGGUAGUGGUGGUAGUGAUAGUGGUGGUAGUGGUGGUGGUGGUGAUGGUGGUGGUGGUGGUAGUGGAGAUGGUGGUGGUAGUGAUAGUGGUGGUAGUGGUGGUGGAGAUGGUGGUAGUGGUGGUAGUGGUGGUAGUGGAGAUGGUGGUGGUGGUGAUAGUGGUGGUAGUGGAGAUGGUGGUGGUGGUGAUAGUGGUGGUAGUGGAGAUGGUGGUGGUGGUGGUAGUGGUGGUAGUUGGAGGUUGUGAUUAUGGUGGAGAUGGUGGUGGCGAUGGUGGUUGUGGUUAAUAGGUGCUCGCUAACAGCACUUGCCCCAGCAGCAUGUUGAGGCUAUGCGGGGGACCUCUGACUUGUCUUUUAAUGGUGAUGGUGAUGAUGAUGGUGGUGAUGGUGGUGAUGAUGGUGAUGGUGGUGAUGGUGGUGAUGGUGAUGAUGGUGGUGAUGGUGAUGAUGGUGGUGAUGGUGGUGAUGGUGGUGAAGGUGAUGAUGGUGAUGAUGCAAAAGCAGCAAAUCCUGUUGCUACUGUUGCUACUGCUGCUACUGUUACUGCUGCUGCUACUGUUGCUACUGUUACUGCUGCUGCUGUUACUGCUGCUGCUGUUACUGCUGCUGCUACUGUUGCUACUGCUGUUACUGCUGCUACUGUUGCUGAUGUUACUGUUACCGCUGUUACUGCUGCUGCUACUGUUGCUACUGUUACUACUGCUGCUGUUGCUGCUGUUACUGUUGCCGCUACUGUUGCUACUGUUACUACUGCUGCUGUUGCUGCUGCUGCUGUUGCUGCUGCUGCUGCUACUACUGUUGCUACUGUUACUGCUGUUGCUGUUACUGUUGCUACUGUUGCUGUUGCUGCUGUUGCUACUGCUGCUACUGUUACUGUUGCUGCUGUUACUGCUGUUGCUACUGCUGCUACUAUUACUGCUGCUACUGUUACUGUUGCUACUGCUACUGUUACUGUUUCUACUGUUACUGCUGUUGCUACUGCUGCUACUGUUACUGCUGCUACUGUUGCUGCUGCUACUGCUGCUACUGUUGCUGCUACUGCUGCUACUGUGACUGCUGUUGCAGCAGCGAGUGAUGAAGAUGGUUGUCGAGACAUCGCGACAAAGACAAAGCUCCCCCGUGUAGCCUCUGACGGACGGUCGGGGCAAGUGCUGAGUCAGUGGCGAGUAGCAGCAGCAGCGGCAGCAGCAGCGGCGAUGACAAUGAUGAUGAUGAUGAAGGCCGUCACGGCACCACGCCAGCACCACGCCCGGCCGCCUUUGUCUCCCCCAGUGCUGGCGAUGUUCACUACCACACACCGCUACACCAGGGGACUCGUUUUGAGGCUGAGUCGACCUAGGGGAGGCUCCGAACCGCUGGGUUCGCAGCGCAGCGUAGCGCUAACCGCUCCACCACCGCUCCCCAUACACUGAGACACACAGACAGACACGCACACAGACACAAAGAUACAAAGAUCCCCCAUAUAGCCUGAACAGACUGUAGGGGCAAGUGCUGUUAGCGAGCACCUAUGAAGGCCGGAACGGUACACGAGGGGGUGGGUGGCCAGCACCACGCCCGACCGCCUUUGUCUCCCUAGUGGCGAUGUUUACACACCGCACCAGGUACUCAUUUAAGGCUGAGUCGACCUAGGGGAGGCCCAGGACCGGUUCAGAUAAUCGUCACUGGUGUUGGCCGUGAGCGGGAAUCGAACCCGGGUCGCCAGGUUCAUAGCGCAGCGUAGCGCUAACCGCUACAUUACCGCUCCCCCCCACACACACACACAGACACACACAGACACACACACAGACACACACACACAGACACACACAGACACACACACACAGAGACACACGCACACAGACACACACACAGACACACACACAGAGACGCACACAGACAGACACACAGACACACACAGACACACACAGACACACACAGACACACAGACACACACACAGACACACACACACAGACACACACACAGACACACACAUACACACAGACACACACACAGACACACACAGACACACACACACACAGACACACAGACACUCACACAGACACUCACACAGACACACAGACACUCACACAGACACUCACACAGACACUCACACAGACACACACACAGACACACACACAUACACAGACACACACAGAGACACACAGACACACACACAGACACAGAGACACACACACAGACACACACACAGACACACACAGACACACACAGAGACACACACAGAUACACACACAGACACACACACAGACACACACACACAGACACACACAGACACACACACAGACACACACACACACACAGACACACACAGACACACACAGACACACAGACACACACACAACGCCCCCUCGCCAGCCGGGGUAGCAGCGAUGGAGGCUGCAUGCUACUCGUGUCCCAGGCGCUCCGAUCACUCCACGUUACUGUGACAGCGACGAGGAUGCGUCCAUUCUAAUCGUCAGCUGCGGGUUUGAAGUUCUCUCGAUUUUUAAAUCCUUUAUAUUAAGUUCACUUGCGUGCGUGCUUGCUUGCUUAGGACCGUGCAAAUCUUUCGGUCGUUUUUUAACCCACUUCCCGUGAUCCAAUCGAGCUGACAUUUUGCACACAGACUCGUUGUGCCAGACAAUUAAUGUUCGUGAAAUUUUUUUCCCCAAAAUGUUACACUGUUUAGGACAAAUAAAUUAUAUUUAAUUACCAA